AUGACUUCUACCACACUGAUGACGUUCUUGCUCUGCACGAGCCCAAACGUCCGCUCGGUCACAUUGCUGGGCUCCUGGGAUAAUUUUUCAAAACCAUAUGUAAUGGAAAGGGAUAAGCGCGUCGGUGCUGGUCAUUGGCGCGGAUGUCAUACAUUCACAAACAUAACCUGCGACGGAUUGGUAAAUAACACCGUUUCGGCGCGCUCCGGUGGCCUGAAGAUGGGGGCUACCUAUUGGUACUAUUAUCUUCUUGAUGACGAUAUCGAAUACUACAACGAGGCCGAACCGAUGACGACGCACUGUCCGUUCUUACCGGGCCAGCCGGUUAAUGUCCUCCAGGUUCCUAUCAUUCUCCCAGAUACACAUCUCAACCGCACACGAGCAAGGAGCCCGAGCGCUCACAGAACAGUGCAAACUAUGAACCCUGAGGACAAAUAUAUGAAUCCUCGAGAGCCUCCAAAGCCCAAGCUUCGCCUCCGUACCUCCCCACCACUUCUACAGACACACACCCCGAACUGGCCUUUCAGUACCUCUCCUCUGGGCGCGAGCACAAGUCGAGGUCCGGCUCAACCCGGUCAUGGCACGCAGAAAGUCAAGCAUCCCCGUGAUGAAGCGAAGGCUUCCCGUUCUGUGUCUCCACCGAGAUCAAAGGGUCUGCGCGCCGCCUUUCGCCAAUGGAAUACCUCUACGUCGAGUUUUUCACCAACAAAUGAUCAACAUGGAGGCUUCGAACGUCAAGCCAGAGUUCACGCGCACCUCCGUCCCCCAGUCGAUGAUCGCUAUCAUGUUAGAAGUCAGUCAAAUGACAGCUACAUGCGGUCUCCUUCCAUGGGUAAUUUACCUGAGCACCAUCGUGAGGACGGCCUUCCGUUCCGACGUCCUAUAUCCGCAGGAACCCAUGGCUCAGGGUCUCUAUCUAUUCAAGAACGACGUGCACUAAACACGAAAUCCCCGCAUGACUUCACACCAAGAAUCCCUCUGACUUUGCGACCGAAGCAGCCGUGGGUUACUCCCGUCAAUGCCAGCGACCACUCCAUGCCUUCGCCUUUAAUGAGAAGGCCACUUUCUACUCCUUCCACGCCUUCUAUGCUUCGACGCCCAUCUGACGACUCGCAGUCUUAUAAAGAAUCCAUGACACCUACCCCAGUAGCCGUCAUGAAUAAGAGGCUUCCCACGCUGCCAAACUCUCCUUCCUCGGUUAUGGAUGAGGCACUUCGUGAUCUCGACGAGAAAGAGAGGGCAUUGGACAUGGAGGCUCUGGCUAGCCAUUUCUCUACUUUCACCGAGCCUGAUUCUGUGGAUGGUGACGGCCCUUGCGAAAAAAGCCGUUUCUCCGAAUGGAGCACUGAUACUGAUAUGGUUUCGCCGGAGUCUGUAACUUCAUGCUUGACGUUCAAUGAGAAAGAGGGGUCACUGAAUGUCCCAGCAAUUGGGCUCUCAGAGCUGUCCGACGCCUCCACGGACAAUGCUCCCAGCGACCCGAAUACCCCACACCUGACCGUGGGCUCGAAGUCUCCCGCUCACCAUGAGGACUCUCCACGAAUGGAGCUCCCUGUCCCGCGCCUUACAAUCGCUUUAUCUCCAUCAGACCUCAACAUCCCCGGGCUUUGUAUAGACGAAGAAGACGAGGAACUUCUCGAGAGUAACCCCAAGCGCCAUGCGGCGUUUUUUGGAGCCAUGGAGUUGAAAGGCCUUGGCUUAACGAGCCCCCCGGCGACGACACUUCAUUUUCCUGAGGGCGUCCAGGAUGCGAGUCCUGACAGGAACAUAACCCCUACGAAUGAUCCCAGCCGUUACAGCGUGCUCUUGUCCCAGUCUGCCACGAUGAAGGAGAUGAUCGAUGAAUUGAGCUACUUGAAAAACAUGAUUCAAUCUGGGUCUGUGCCGGAUCUUACUGAAGAUUAG